UGGAGCAGAUGGAAGCACUGUGUGGUUGAUUGUUUAAUAACUUUGUUAUAAAGAACUCUUUAAGAUUCGAACACAAUGAUAAAGAUUACUUUUUUAUGCACGUUAAAAAAAAAUCUUUCAAAGAUCUACUGGAAUUCAGUAAUCAAAAAGAACGCGAGGGACAGAUUUUAACAUUCAAGAAAUUAUGGAACCUACGGAUUCUUCUCCGCUUUGUUGUUGUGAAUAUUACAACUUACAUGGACAACGAACACAUUUAAUCGCGUUAUGUUGUGACUGUGAGGACUUAGACAACGCUGUCGAUCAGUGUUUGAAAGGCCAAGGAAUCUCAACAGAGAAAUUUGGAAUCAUUUGUAAAGUAGUCACCGACAGAAUUCGAUUACCUUGGUUUAGAGGCGCGGUGAAGUUUGACACGGAGGCAAUCGUUCCGAUAAUUAUUUUAACUUCUUCGUUGUAUUUUGCCUCGUCAGGAUUUGUUUUUACGGUUCUGGCAUUUGUCUACCUACCUCUAUUCGUGCUAGUAUUCUACACUUGCACUCUACGGAACAAAAGAAAGACAUGGUUUUUUGUUAGUUGGGCUUGUACUUCGAUGGCUGGUAUCUAUGCUUUAUUUAUGAUAUACAUAGCUGAUAAGUGUUCUUCUAUAAACAACAUUGCCCUUUCCUUGGCGUUUAUUCUAAUACUAAUGCUUUAUUAUCGAGUCGUAACUUCAAAAGAUAAGAUUUCACUUUUUACUCAACUUCAUGACCAACCAUUGAAAAUUGGCGUCGUACCGGAGAUGAAGAAUCCAAGGUCGAAAGGAACAGAUAUUGAUUAUGAACAGUUGUCAUGUUGUUUUUGUACAUACGGACCUUUUUCUAGAAGCAAACAUUGCAGAAUAUGUGGAUACUGUGUGCCAAGGUCGGAUCAUCACUGUGUUUGGACUAACUGCUGUAUUGGCCAUCACAACCAGCUAUUAUUCUUGGUGACUAUUAUUGCCUUUGUGAUAUCAGGAAGCUGGGGAGUUUAUCUUUCCUUGAAUACUAUCUGUAACCCGGUACCCUAUUCAAAGCUUAUUCUUGAUUGUUCAGCAGUUUACAACAAUUCUGGAAAUGCCAUUAUGUUUGUGAGCUCAUUCUACAGCAUCAUCUUCAUAUUUUCAAUGUUGGCUUUGUUUUUGCAACAAGUGUUCUUCAUUAGCUUUAAUAUUACUGGAGAUGAAUGGAGAAGAGGUUCAAGACACAAAUCAUUAUGGCAAAUUCUCUCGACAAACCCUCACAAUAGAGGAUUUUUACUCAACUGGAUGGAUUUUUUAUUUCCCAGAUUACUACUACAAACCUCCUAUGAACUUGUUUAACAAAUAUUGGAGAUACUGCAAAUUGUAUUUGAAUUCAGUUUUCAAUAAAAAGUCCCCUUCACAGUUCCUUCUGCCAUCAUGAAAGGAAGGCAUGCCUUUGCAGUGAAGCAAGAUGAAUGGUGAGCUUGCAAUGAUAGAGACGUGCAUGAUUGUCCAACGUGUUUAAAAAUGGUCUCUAUCAUUGCAAUUUCACUGUUCCUCUUGCUUCAAUGCAAAGGCAUGGCUGCCAUUCAAGAUGGUGCAGGGAACUGUGAAAGGGACUAUUGAGAGCAUUCUCAUUCUUCUUAGUUUUAUUUAUCUUUUCAUUUGUAUAGCAGGCAUUUGUGACAUCAUCUCAUAUAGCUAGUAUUUAUGAUUUACCUUCCUUUCUUAACUGUUGCUAUAUCUUUCAAGGUGGUGUCCAUGUCUCUUUUUAUUUUUAUAUUUUUCUUUUAGAUGAAAACCUGUCUAAUUAUCAACUAUAUUAUUUGUAUUUGCCUUGAUUGGUUUGAAGUAUUUGAUCCAAAGUAUUAUUUGUAGUGAUAUAGUAACUGCAAGAGAAUAUGACCUAAGAGAAGGAAUCCCCGUGCCCCAUCAUGUGCACACUUUGAUGCUAUUUUUAGAAUCUAUUCUAAAAAUAUCAUCCAAUGAUAUCAUUUUUUUGAUCGUUUGAUUUUCUGCAC